UUUAUCAACUCAAUACCAGAUUCCGAACCUCAACUCUCAGGCCCUGUUUAAAGGUCGGCAGACGCAUUGUUUUAUGAUUUACAGAUCAUACACUAGACACUUAGACAUCUCGUAAUUCGUUUCUCAGUAGUCAACAACUUAAGUGACGAUCGUACUUAAUGACCGAUACCGUUAUCGCAUAGUUUUUCUUUCUAAAACUCGUGACAGGCUGUUCACGAUUUAGUGUUGAUUGAAAAUAUGAGCUCUAACAUGGGCGUCAAUAACUACAUGAAUAUGUUUGUACAACCUCAGAACGGUGAUACUUCACUAAGUAAACGUGAAUCGUCUAGUUCUGAUGCUAAUGACCGUAAGCGUAAGAAGAAGUCGAGAUGGGGUGGAAGUGACUUGGAGAAAACAUUUAUACCAGGCAUGCCCACAGUACUACCUCAUAAUCUCACUAAAGAACAAGAGGAAGCUUAUAUUUUACAACUACAAAUAGAAGAAAUUGGACGCAAGCUGAGGACAGGAGAACUGGGCAUUCCAUCUAAUCCUGAAGAAAGAUCACCUUCGCCAGAACCCAUUUAUAGCAGUGAUGGUAAGCGAAUGAAUACUAGAGAAUAUCGAACUCGUAAAAAGUUGGAAGAAGAACGUCAUAGACUUAUUCAACGCAUGGCAACAAUAAAUCCUACAUUUAAACCUCCUGCUGAUUAUAAGCCUCCUGUUAUUCGUGUUAGUGAUAAAGUAAUGAUACCUCAAGAUGAACAUCCUGAUAUCAAUUUUGUGGGUCUUUUAAUAGGACCACGUGGAAAUACAUUAAAAUCAAUGGAAAAAGAGACUGGUGCAAAAAUUAUUAUCCGUGGUAAAGGUUCAGUCAAAGAAGGAAAAGUUGCCCGUAAAGAUGGACAACCACUACCAGGAGAAGAUGAGCCAUUACAUGCUUAUGUAACUGGAAACAAUCCUGAAUAUGUUCAAAAAGCUGUGAACAAAAUUAAAGAAAUUAUAAAACAAGGUGUAGAAGUUCCAGAAGGACAAAAUGAUUUAAGGCGCAUGCAACUUAGAGAACUUGCUUUAUUGAAUGGUACACUGAGAGAAAAUGAUGGACCUAGGUGUUCUAACUGUGGUGCUGCUGAUCAUAAAUCUUGGAUGUGUCAAGAUAAACCUAAUGUUACAAACAGUAUAUUAUGUACUCAAUGUGGUGGAGCUGGACAUAUUGCAAAAGAUUGUAGAAUGAAAAAUACAGGUGGUGCUAGUUUUCCAGUUAAUCAGGAUAAGAAUAAAAUUGAUGAAGAAUAUAUGUCUCUGAUGGCUGAACUUGGUGAAGGUCCACCGCCACCAAAACAUAAUGAUGAUAAUUCCAUGCGUCCUUCUAUUGGGAACAGUAAUGGAGGUUUAUUUAAUAAACCUCAACCAUUAAAACCACUUAUGUCAAUACCGCCACCUCAUUCAAUACCAAAUUCAUUGCCUCCACCGCCCUGGUCAAAUCAACCAAUGAAUGGAGCACCCAUGCCUCCUCCUGGAAUAAAUGUUCCACCUCCCUGGCAAAUGCCACCACCAUCAAAUCAACAGUAUUCUAACAUUCCACCACCACCACCAGCUAAUCAAAACUUUCAACAACAGAUGCCAUGGGCCAUGCCACCACCUCCACCACCUCCCAACCAACCAACAUCUAUGCCACCUCCAUGGCAACAGGGUCCACCACCUAAUCCUCCUGCUCCAACAACUGUAUCUGGUAUGUGGCCUCCACCAACUCAACCAUGGCCAAGCCAACAACAACAACAAACAAAAGUUCCACCCUCAAUGAAUCCUCCAACUAUGAUGAUGCCACCCCCUGAUUUACAAACACUAUUAGCUGUUCCACCUCCGCCGCCACCACCUCCUCCUUCAAAUUAAAUAACAACAAGAAUUAUAUAAAUGAAUUAAAUAGAGUUCUCUUUUCGCUUGUAGUCAAAACAUUCUGUUUAUUACAAGUAUUUUCUCAAAAACCAUUUUGUAAAAUAAUUUUUAUAUUUUGUUUUUACAUUUAUUUAUGAAUAAAGAUUAGUACGACCAAUUUUGGGAUUUUGGGAAUUUUCAGUUUAACAGUUUUUUCUCUUAUGUACCAUGUAUAUUUGAAAUUCAAUAAAACAAUUUUUAAGAGUGAA